AUGGAUACGGAGGCCAUAAAUACCGGAGAGGGUAUGGACGAGGAUAGGGGUCUCAAUACGAAUACACAUCACGAUAAUGAAGGCGAAGAAGAGUCAGAAAUUCGGAAAAAGGUUUUCGAUAUAAAACUCGCGAAUAAACGACUGACUGAAGACGAGAUCGUGGCCCAGGCCUUCGUAUUUCUAUUGGCCGGAUAUUUAUCGACUACCGGCGCUCUGGCCAAUUGUAUUUACGAAUUGGCCGUCAAUCCCGACGUUCAGCAACGGCUAUACGACGAGAUUAACGGUGCCGUCGAUGCGGAUACCGGGGACAUAGAGUACGACCGAUUGGCACGACUACCCUAUUUGGAUGCCGUAAUGGCUGAGACACUGCGCCACCAUUCAUUAGCCCUUCCACUGUCCAGAUACCCGACCCGGGAUUAUAAGCUAGGCACAACUGGUAUUACCAUAAAGGCGGGACAACAGGUGGAAAUACCUAUCUAUGCCAUACAUCACUCGGAACAAUAUUAUCCGGAUCCUUUCAAGUUUAAACCUGAUAGAUUCAUGCCGGAAAAUAAGCACCUGAUUAAGCCCUAUACUUACCUGCCGUUUGGUGUCGGUCCUCGAAAUUGUGUUGCCCUACGAUUCGCGUUACUUGAAUUGAAACUGACCCUGGUACAUACGUUGCUAGAGUAUCGUUUGGUUCGGUGCCCGGAAACAGACGUUCCCCUUCGGUAUAAGCGAUUCAUACACCAAACCGUCGCCGAAAGACUUUGCAUCAGAAUUGAGCCGAGAUUUGAAACAAAUAUUUAA